UUUAAAACAUUAAAUAAUUUACUGUGAAUUUUUUCAAGUUUUUAGUCAAAAUAGGCUUUUCUUAAAAUGCAAUUCAGCAUCCAAAAAAAAGAACAAUUAAUUCACAGCAACAAAACCGCUAUCUACAUCACAAAAUAAUAUCUUGGAGGAACUGUGACCUGUGGCAGGUAAUUAGGGCAUCCAUAGUGGUUAGGAAUAAGCAUUAUAUAAUUGGCUUGCCAUGAAGCAUGAUUGUCUGUUCUAAAGUAUUUAUGACAGCUAAUAAGGCUUAGAGGAGCUGGGACAUUGCACAGUUGUGUGUGUGCAGUACGACAACAUAGAGGAGCACAUGUGCAUCCAGUUUGAGAGAAAACAUUAAAUGGGAUUAACUCUUUCACUGUCUGACUCCGUCAAACAGCAGGAUAAUGCCGAGCCUAGCUCCACACAUUUCAGUUCCACGGCCUUCCUACUCCCAGGCCAGGGAGAACCUGGUGAAGGCAAUCCCACCCAAGCUGCUCUGUCUGUUAGCCUGUGGAGGAAGAGACUGUCGCUAUGAAGGCCCGGACUGCUGGAAGUUAAACCAGCAAGUCAUCCGAGGCGUUUUCUCCUCCUGGGUGACGGAUGAUAUUAUUGCAAUGGCUCGACCGUCAAACCAUCUAAUCCAGAAGUACAACAUCAUAGAUCAAUUUAACAGGUUAAGCAUCAAAUCCAUCAUCAACAUGCAGCUUCCUGGGGAGCACGCUCACUGUGGACCUCCUCUAGACCCUGACAGCGGUUUCACAUACUCUCCACAGACUUUCAUGGAUAAUGACAUUUACUUUUACAACUUUGGGAUGCCUGACUACGGUGUGUCGUCUCUUGUUGGAAUCAUUGAUGGCGUGAAGGUUCUGGAUUUUGCUGUUAAAGAAGGAAGAGUAGCUAUUCACUGUCACGCAGGCCUGGGCAGAACAGGCGUCCUGAUUGCUUGUUACUUGAUCUACACCCUGCGCAUCAGCCCCAGCGAGGCCGUCCACUAUGUGCGCAUCAAACGGCCUCGAUCUAUUCAAACGCGCACGCAGAUAAACCAAGUCUUUGACUUUGCUCGGCUCCUCGGCACGCAGCUGGUCCAGUAUCCAGACCUCAGCCUGCGGCAUGGAGCUCCUUUCACGUUGCAGCACUACCUCAACCGACAGGCGCUGCUGCUGCAUGGUCAGGAGGCCCGCAAGCUACGACACACACCCAAGGUGGUGUACCUUCUGUGUGUGCGCCUCUCCUGCUUGGCACUGGGGCUCCCACCUCCCCCUGAAAUCCAAGUAGAGCUGGAAAAGAGGUCAGGAAUCAAGACCCUCAGCAAGACAGUGAGAGACACCCUGGUGUCCAGACAGUAUUUACCCUUGUUGAAUGAAGGCUGUAAGAGCUCACGGGGGGCAUCAGGGUCUGUGUCCUCCUGGGACGAACCUCUGGGAUACUUGGAGAGAAAGCAGGAGGUGCUGCUGGACAAGCGCAGCUACAGUGAUUCUGAUCUCAGUAAAAUCACAGACCUGGAGCUGAGUCCAUACUGCGCAGCAGCACUUGGAAGUGAGAAACACUGGUGUGUGCAGGACCUGAUUCAAACUGACAGGACAUCAGUCAGUCCAGUUCUUGGCAUGGUUUCAGGAGGACAUCAGACUGCAAAAAAGCAAACACUAAACCCUACAAUGUCCAAUGUGAUGCCAAACGACAACGGGGCAAAGAGGACAAAGUGUGCAGGCAAGAACACACUUCCCAAAUACAGUUCCAGCUUGGAGUUGUACAGAAACACACAUAAUCCCAGCCCAACAACCAUGGCCCGUCCUGUCGCCAAGGCGAUGGCAGAACAAGGACCACCAGGAGAAAACAUUCUGCAGAGGUCCACUCUGCUGCAGGAGGAACUGAACAGCAGCGACUGUGGCUGGGCUCUGCUGGUCACUGAGUCAGAUAUCCACGUCCUCUGCUGUCUAUUGUGGACGUGGCUGGAGAAGUUAAAAGACCCCGUCCUGAGCCCUGAAGAUAUACAGAAGUUAAAAGUCGAAGGAAGCAACAGGAAACCUCUGAAUGUGCUCAAAAAAUCACAAAGACACACCAUCUACUGUCUGCUGAGCUGUGUGAGUUCAGUGACCAGCUUGUGUCCACACAGAGAGGAUGCUGUGCUCCAGCGGCUGAUGUCCGCACUCACACGGCGCCCUCAAGAGGAAAUGGGAACCCUUGCACAGCUGAUGAAAGUCUUAAAGGCUUGUUUGAGAGAAACCUUCCACAACUAUCGACGCCUCACAAGAGCCUGUAGCACCAUUGCAACUCUUUGAAGAGCAGUCCAUUCAAAAUAAAUGAGAAAAACAAU